AUGAUCGUCUUCGAAGAGCGGGAAACCGUCAGAAUCGACAAACCUCACUGCGACCCAUUGGUUAUCGAUCUGGAAGUGGGAAGGAUCCUUAUCGACACGGGAAGCACUGUCAACGUCAUCUUCCGCAAUACCCUUCGGAGGAUGAACUUUGAACUCGGAGAAGUCAUUCCAGAACCAAAACCUCUCACCGAUUUCUCGGGUGCAUCGUCAAUGACCCUCAGAUCAAUCAAACUCCCAAUGAUGGCUAAAGAGGUGACGAAAAUCAUUGACUUUGCGGUAGUCGAUAACCCGGACAUCUACAAUGUCAUCAUGGGAACUCCUUGGAUCAAUGCCAUGAAAGCGCUACCGUCGACUUACCACCUUGGCAUCAAGUUCCCAACUCCAAAAGGAACAGCGGUAAUCUGGGGAUGCCAGAAACAGUCUAGGCUCUGCUUCUUGGCCGCGGUCAACCCGAAGCGGGCUAAGAAAGCUCAAAACGCUCCCGAGAGCUCCAUAAAAAGUGAUCCAGAAUCACCCGACCAGGCAACGACUCCAGACAAAGACAUAGUCCCCGAGUCCAUCGCCUUGCCAGCAGACAGCCCGAUUCCUGAAACGGUAUUCGAUCCAACUGAAGCCCCAACGGCUGAAGUAAUCGAAACGAUCCCAUCCAACGAGUAG